AACUGGUGGUUCUUCAUUUGCCUUAAUCUCCUACUGGCAAAAGCCCUGUGAGAUAUUUUUCACACCACUAAUAGGAUGUUUAUCGAACAGUUGCUUUUGAGUCUUUUCGUCUUUGGUUCAGUUGAAGCUGGAAAUCUGUUGGUUAUUCCAUCAGAUGGCAGUCACUGGCUUGGGAUGAAGCCUGUUGUGGAGGAGCUGGGUAGAAGAGGGAACCGGGUGGUGGUCGUCAUUCCAGAGUCAAGUUUGUCCAUGGGUCCAUCAAAACAUACCACCACUCUUACCUACCCAGUGCCCUACACUAAAGCUGAAUUACAAGACAGCUUAGAAGGCAAUAUAACCUCAUUUCUGAGUAGUGGAAUUUCGUUGGACUCUGACUCAGCCAAGUUUUUGGUUUUCUUCAAUCAAAUGGUACUUCUUCAAAGCUUCAUAGUGAGGAACGCAGAAGGUCUGCUUUUUAACAAAGACUUGAUGAAGAAAAUACAAGACUACAAUUUUGAUGCUAUUCUCACAGACCCGUUUGAGCCUGUGGGAGUUAUUGCUGGUGAAUAUCUCUCCAUUCCAGCCAUUUACAUGCAGAUUAACCUUCCUUGUGGUGUUGACACUCUUGCCAGCCAAUGCCCAACUCCAGCCUCUUAUGUUCCUCAACGUAAUACCCACUUUACAGACCAGAUGAGCUUUUUGCAGAGGUGUAUAAACCUAAUAAGAACCCUGCUGCAACCCACAGCUUGUAAAGUAUUACACGCUCAUGCAGAUGAGAUUGCCUCACGUGUACUUCAACGAAAAGCAUCUAUGGUGGAGAUCAUGAGCCAUGCUGCUCUUUGGUUUAUGCGCUUCGACUUUGCUUUUGAAUUUCCACGGCCGCUGAUGCCCAACAUGGUCAUGAUUGGAGGGAUGGCAACCAAGAAACCAAAACCUUUGUCUCAAGUAAGCCUCCAUAUUAACAUUAGCAUUAUUACAAUUUUCAGAGCAAUACCUUUCUGCUUGUCAUGAAAUUAUAUUUUUCUUAUAAGUUAAGAAUUCUCUGUCUAGUUACAGCCGACAUCCUAAAGUGUAGUGUUCAUUCGAAGCAAAUUAGUGCGUAUUAGUCACUGCCAGCCCUACCUAAAGUGGUUAUAUGAAACAUGCCCGAAAUUGUUGGGUUGCUGUUAACACUUACCCGCUGAUAGGCACGUCUAAACACUCCUUAUAAUUAUUCUAAUUGUGGAUUUCAUGGACACUUUAUUCAAGUAGGCUACUACAACCAUUUAUGAUAUUCAAUUACAGUUUGACAGGCAAUGCUUACUUUGGCUAUUUUGUACAGAAGCAUUUGAAUGAAAGAAAAUGUCUCCAAAAAUAGAGACAUACAGUCUAAGCCAUCUUUAAACCAGCACAUAUAUCACAUAGAGAGGUUUUGUUUGAAUAGUUGAAUCUUAAUAGGUCUUUGCAAAAUGAUCUGAGAUAUAGCCAGAAGAUUGGUGGGCUUGGAAUUUUGCUGUUUUUUUUUGAGAACAAAACAUGUCUCCACAAAGAUUUAAGUGUUUUUUUGUCUUCUUCUAUGUUACGUUAAAGCAGCUUAUCCAUCUCUGGUCAGUAAGGCAAAGUGCAGCCUCACCUUUAUUAGAGGUUGGCAUCUUUCAUUGUGAGAAAAGUUGCUGUUAACUAUUUCCUACCCUGACUGCACAUUCGCAUGAUUUAGUAUAUACAUAUGUUGGCCAAACCUAAGAUCAAUGGUGAUUACAGUAAAUAGACAUCAAAAGCUUUUUUUGUGUUUAUGUAUAAAAUAAAAAAAAAUAUUUCAAUAUUCCUUUUUCGAAUUGCCUCAAAAAACACCACUUGUGUGUGUAAAAACUUUUUUGCAAUAUAUGGGAGUUUUUGUAACUGUUUACAUAAUUAUUAAGUUUCUGAAAAUAGCAUUUAAAUAGAGUAUUUGUUCGCACAUUUACAUUAUGCUGAAAGGUUUACUUUAUGAGCAGUGCAGUUUCACUUUUUCCUAAACCAUAUCUCUAUACUUUAUAAUGGCAAAGGUGAAAAUUUGUUGUUUUAUUAAGAUGAAUCAAAUAUGUUAAGU